UACUUCGCUUCUUUCUCCUUCAACCUUCUCUGUAGUCCAAACCUCUCUACCAGUGUCUUUCAAAUCCAGUGGUAGUUCAUCAACAAUGGCAGGUCGAGGCAAAACCCUAGGUUCCAGCGCCGCCAAGAAGGCCACCUCACGGAGCAGCAAAGCCGGCCUCCAAUUCCCCGUCGGCCGUAUCGCCCGGUUCCUCAAGGCUGGCAAAUACGCCGAGCGCGUCGGUGCCGGCGCCCCCGUCUACCUCGCCGCCGUCCUCGAGUAUCUAGCCGCCGAGGUUCUUGAGUUGGCUGGAAACGCUGCAAGGGAUAACAAGAAGACUAGAAUUGUGCCACGCCAUAUCCAAUUGGCGGUGAGGAAUGAUGAGGAAUUGAGCAAGCUUUUGGGAGAUGUGACCAUUGCUAAUGGUGGUGUGAUGCCUAACAUUCACAACCUUUUGCUCCCCAAGAAGGCUGGUGGGUCUAAAGGUGCUGCUGCUGCGGCUGAUGAUGAUGCUUAGAUGGAGAUUGGUUUUUCAUGAAUUAUUAGGAAGUUUAGCUUUAGUGGUCUCUGAUUAUUGUACUUUGGUAGUUGCUUGUUAGGUUUUCACAUAAUUGAUGUGAAUAGGAUGAUAUUCUGAUGGUUCAUUCUGAGAUGCUAUUGUUGAAUUUUAUGAUCUUCUUUGAAUCAAAAUCUUGAGUUUUUAA